UUAUAUUUAUCGACCCCGUCAUAACAGAGUUGACAGGUGAAAAACCCCCAUCUUCGAUUAACUGAGGUCUUUAAAUUGGAUUUCGUCAGCUUGAAGGACUUCAUUGUCAUUCGUAAGACUUUUCUUUAGUGUGAUCAUUGAUAAAUAAUUGACAGAUGUGGUGCAUAGAGAUCCUGUAAUAUUUGUUUAAAUCAUCAAAUAUGCUAAUUAGUUGAGCGAUUCAGCGAGGUCAUACUUUAUGAAUGGACAGAAACAGCUGACUUUGUUCUUUAAAAGAACAAACACAUGACCUAGAGAAUUUGAGGGGAUAAUACAUUUGGCAAACUCACUGCUUAAAGAUUUGAACACCCUAGGCCUAAAUCUGAAAAUGGUCAGGAAAAAGAUAUCUGAAAAUGAUACCUGUUCAUGUGGAUGGUAAGGUGACAAUAUGUCAAUGAAACUUGCACUGACUACAGGAUAGAGGCCUUUUGACACCUAACUUCACCAAGCCCAGAGAUAAAGGAAUUUUUUAUUGCAACAACGCAAGACUCUUCAGCUGCAAAGAAUGGGUGCGGAGGAAAGUAAAGGAGGGAACUAUGGACUGAUGGGAGCUACCUCAGUGGAAUCUAACAUGAAUAAGCAGGCUACGGCAGCGAGGCCCUGGUCCUUGCUUCACAUGUGUUCACUGGAGCAAUGGAAGAAUGGACAUGCAGAGGCUGCCGGAUUCAGUGAAACGUCCAUGACGUGUAGUGGGGCGGUGUUCAAGGAUUGCAGUCCUACUUUCUGUAUGAACAGACAGGGCAUCAUCAAUAUCAACAAGUCAAGCUCAGUUUUCAGCUUCCGUCGCAAAAACAAGUUCACAAAGAUGGCAGAGCAUUUUGAAUACAAUCAUAUUCCUGCGCAACUGUCCUCAAUACAAAAUUUUCACGUUAAGAGUGUGUUAUGCUACCAUGACCAAACGGUCAUUUUACAUCUUGUUAGAAAUAUGAUGACGCAAUUUGGUAUCAUAAAUUUAAGUGAUAACAAAUUCAUCGGAGUAUUUGGAAAACAAUCUGUUGAAUUUGUAAACGAAGCAUUACGAGGGCAAAUCAGUCCGGAUGGGAACUAUUGCAUAUUGAAGAUACCAAGCAUUCGGAAUGACAAUGCGAGUACCUAUGUGUACCAAAUGUAUGACUUAAAAAGCCGGGAAAUGCUGCAUGAAAUAUCCCUUGCAUUUCACCACAGCCUCUUUGCGUUUGACCCUCGUUUCACAUCUUCGCGUAUUGCAGCGACAAGCUUUCAGAAAGGGGAAGACAACAGUUUAAGUUUGGUCCAGACCUCGAACUGGGAAGUACUCGCUACAAAUUCCAGACUUGACGAUACAAGAUGGACACUCCAUCCAACGCUGAAAGACCUGUUCUAUUCAAAAGACGGUAAUCUGAUUUUUGCUGUCAUGGUUACUGACGGAUGUCAUUGCAGAGAGAGGAAGGCUCGACGCUAUCCUCCUAUUGAUAUCAGUGUUUAUAUUUUCAACUCGGACAAUGCUCAAACCCUUAGAUGUGUGCAGUACAGCCGCUACACCUGCGGAACGCAUUCAUGUCCCGUGAAUUUUCUACCCGUUUUCUCGAAUUGUGGAAGCCGCAUGGCUAUCGUCCUGAAUGAGGCUGAUUCUAACGUAGACCAUUUGCAAAUCUACAAACUGCCUACAAUGGGUUCUCUUCAAAACAGGUGUAGAGUUAAAAUCAUGCAGGCUUUUACACCGGACAUGAUUCCAAAACUCCCCUUACCGGCAAGACUUAUCCAUUUCUUGCAGUACCAACCAGAAUAUGGUUAAAACAAAGGCGAACCUAUUGUGAAACAAGAGGAACGGAGGCGUUUGAGGAUUAUUACAUGUUUUAAGAAGUAUACCAAAGGCUGUCGGCACUAGUCAAAAUGGCCAGUUUAGAAUAUCCAAAAAGGGAUUUUCACCCUUAGAGAAUCCCUUACAGAUAUUCAAAAGGACUAUCAAAGAUCUGCGAAAUUCCCUAUUAUAACAAGAAAGAUCUAACAUAAUAUUUGCAUCUUGAAUGCAUAAUGUCUCUAGUCAAAGAAAAAGAAAUUACUUAGAAGUUUACAACUGUUCUGUGCUGCACUCAUACAUGACUACAUGUUAUUACAUAGUGCUUGAUGUUCUUAAAGCUUUGAGUUUUUUAAUAGCUUUAGAACGUGCUUACUCAUUGCUUGAAGUGCUGUAUUACCAUGAUAUGCAUCUAGGAAUUUGAAAGUGCUUUAUAUUUAUGAGUAGUUGCAUGGACAAAUAGUGCAUUGAAUGAAUAAGGACGAGAAAAUGAUGCAUGCGUAACUCUUUUGUUUUAAAAUGCAAAUUUGCAAGUAUCAAAAAAAGCGAAAAAUCUGUGUUUUGAUGAAAAGCCUGCUCCAUGCACUCAAAUUAAUGAUUAGGAACCACCAAUCCACCAGCCAUUGUCCUCAUCAACGUGAACAUUCUCUGAGGAGUUGAAGAUGACCACAUAACAUAGUCUUUUAUCAACGUGAACCCCGGGACCAUAUUAGCCAACAAGUAGAUUCCAAUAUGUGAUAUACUGCCGUUUAGAGAGAAUAAUUCUAACGGCACGUUUUUUUAAUCGCACCUUUUACGAUCUUGUUUAGAUGACGUAAUUGGGUAAUUUGCUAUAAUUUUAGAUGCAGAUAUGAGAUAAUCUGUUGAGAUAAAUGCACACCAAGCGUCACAGUUUUUAACACAGCAUAGUUUCAACAUACAUUACAGGUGGCAAUUGAUGUCAUUUUAUUAUUGAAAGGGCUGCAUAGCAAAUUACUCCAACUAUCAAAUUGUAUAUUUCUAUAUCCGGUGUUAUGAGUGAACUUUACGUCUAGUUGUGCCAUUAGUGUGUUCAUACUUUUGUCAAAAUCUUUCUAUAAUCAGGAUUAAACCAAGAUACAAUGUAGACGGAUUUUGUUGUUAGAUAAUCAUAUAUUUACGAUUUGUUAAUUUUCCAGAGUUUUCAAUUAAGGUUCAUUGAUACUCUGGUAAUAAACUACAUUUUUGUCACUGUCCAACAAAGGUUGUCAUGCAAGAUAUGCUGAAAAUUGUGUCCAUUUCAAUCGUAUAGAUUUCUUUUGAAAAUUGUCUCUUUAUAAAUUCUAUACGAACAAACAAGGGAUGAUGAGCGUUAACUUGUGUUUCAACCGUAAAGAAAUUAUCAUCAAAAAUCUUGUACACAGAUUGUUUGUUUUGAUAAACAGACGGAUGGAAACACGGUUGCUUUUUGGAUGAAGGCAUUUUAGAUUUAUCUGUGUAUGUGCAUUCUAUUUUAUCCUAGAUGUUAUAGUUUUAACUGAAAGUGAAAAGAACCAUUAUACUAAUACUCGAUAAGUGGUUCUUGAUAUACUCUGAAUUUGAAGCCAAUAACAUACGGGUUAUUUUAAUGUAACUAUCUAGUCGCUCUUGUACAAUCUUUAAGGCGAGCAGCGCCGUAUUUUUCACAUUCAAGCUUAUAUUUAAGACGUCUUUAAGUACGAGGCUUUAAUGUGUUUUCAGUAAAGAAAACUCGUGAUAGAUUAAAAAUCUGUUGAAUUUAUAAGUUGUUAUAUCAUUGUCUUUCUUUUCUUAUAUUAUUGUCAAAAUAAGUGCAUCAUCUUGCUCCAUAACAUGUAAAAUAUUAAUAUAAUAACUUGUGUACUGAUAAUUGUUUUGGUUUUAUUUGCAAGUUAAGUAAGAUUUUUUGUAAUCACAAGUUGCAUUUUUUGUCAAAUGUACAUACAUUGUAUGUUGAAAAAGAGGAACCAAAAUAAACGUUGCCAAAGUAUUUUUAUGGAUGUGUGAUUUGAAAAAAAUCGAUAAGUUUAUUGUUUACAAUUUUCAAAGAAUAGUUUCAAAACAGUUGACAAUAUACUCGAAUCAAGCUUCUUUUGGUUUUUAUUCAUCCUGUUUUUUUAGAAAAAAAAAAGAUAUUAAUAUUUGUACAAGAAAUAUAUUUUCUCAUCAAAAAGUAUUUUUGUAUUCCAAACAGAGAAAUUGGUCGACUAGUGUUAACUUUUUCAAAGAGCACCAUUUUUCGAAAUGUUUGUUGAAUCUUUAAUAACUUGAUCUUGGCAUAUGAGUUUUUAAUGAAAAUGAUUGUGUUUUCGAUUUUUAUAUGACCUAGGUGUCUUUUGACUUUCAUGUAUGUAGACGCGAGUAUUUGUUGUUUUGAGGCAUGCCUUUGUCGAGUACAACGCUUAAUAUAUAAACUCUAAGAUCAAGGGUAAACUUGUGACAAAAUCUAUGAAAACAAAAAUAUAUACUGUUAAUUAUAAGCGGCGUAUGCACUUAAUUGUUCAAUAUCUUUUGAACCUUGAUCUACAUGAAUAACCUUUACAACGGAUGUGAAUUAUGUGUUUGAACAUUGUUCAUAAAAUUAUAUACUCUACAAUGUCCUUUGUAAAUGGAUUUUUGAUAAUUUUGAUUCUUUUAAAAGUAAAUGAAAUUCUACGUUUAAUUGGAUGUUGACCAAUUUUGAAUACAAAUUUUUGGUGAUAUUGUAACUUAAAGCAAUAUGAGCUAUAUAUAUCUUUUUAGAAUUUUAUUUUGCUGCAAAAACCUGCUAGUACAUAAAAGGUCUGCAUAUAACUUAAACUUUUAUGAUAAAAAAGACUUGAAAAAAUCAUUGAUUUUUGUUUAAGGAAUAUAUAACAGAUCAAUUUUUGUACAGGACGACAAUAAUUCAAUUUUGCCCCGAUUAAGGCUUCUCAACGGCUUUUCCCACAAUAAAAUGCAAACAGAAAUUUAAAAAAAAAACAUAAUAUUUUUUGUCAUUUUAGUAGAAAAUAACAUUUUCGUAAAAAAAAAAAAUUUCAACAUGAAAAUUGCAGCUCAUAUUGCUUUAACUAUUUAGCAUAGAUUCCACAUAGCUUGACGCAACAAUGUGUGGAGACAGUUUGCAAUGUGCAUGCGCAAUAGUUUCACCACUUAUCGUAAAUAUUAUACUCUAUACAAGAGUAAUCUCCCGUUUGGUUGUUUUAAGAACUUUAUAGUGAGUUGCAGAACGCAAUAUUCUUUGUUUUUGUUGCUUGUUAAUGAAAAUAAGAUUCGUUCCCAAUAAAAGGGGAAAACCUC